AUGGUUUCUACAAAACUGUGUCUUUUAUUCCUAGUUGCUGGAGUAGCUAUCGCUGCGCCAGGCAACAAAUGGAGGUCUUCCACUACCACUGCUCGUCCAACUUCUCGUCCAACCAGAAACGGGCAAAAUGAAUUCAGUGGAAGCAACUCCAAUAAUCAGAUGCCAUCCGGAGCCAACUCUAAUCCCAGAGAAAACUCUAGAGGUAAGAGAGAAGUGGAAUCAAUGGGCACUGGCGAACAGUCUGGUCCAAACAGACAAACCGGAUUCGGUGAAUCUAUGACCAAUACGCAAGAACCAAUGGGACCAGGAUCCAGUGGCCACAUCAGCAGAAAUGGUGAAUCAAACGAGAACUCUCACUCCAACGAAAACUCAAACGAGCAACUUUCUUUUGGUGGUCAGACGAGCCAGAAUGAGUUCGGUGGAUCCAAUUCCCACACCCACGGAGACACCAGAAACAAGAGAGCCGUCGGAUCAACUAGCUUCGGAGGACAAUCUGGACAAGGUAGUCAGAGUGGAUCCGGCUUUGCCGGCCAGAGCGGUUUCGGAGGAUCCAGUUCAAAUGGACAAAGUGGAUUUGGAGGAUCUAGUUCAAACGGGCAAAGUGGAUCAAACGGAUUUGGUUCUUCCAGCGGAAAUUCCAACACUGGAUCAGGAUUUGGAGGUCAGAGUGGCUUUGGUGGAUCCAGCUCCAGCUCCAACGGACAAAAUGGACAAAGUGGAUUUGGUGGAUCCAGCUCAGGAUUUGGUGGUCAAACCAGCCAAAACGGAGUGAGCGGAUCUAACUCGAACAUCCGUGGAAACACCAGAAACACGAGAUCAACUGGAUCGUCGACCUUCGGAGGACAAUCUGGUAGUCAGACUGGAUUCGGAUCGAGCGGAAACACUAACACAGGAUUCGGUGGAUCCAGCCAAACCAGCUCAAAUGGCCAAAGUGGAUUUGGUGGAUUCGGCGGUAGCAGCGGUAACUCCAACAUGGGAUCAGGAUUUGGAGGAUCCAGUUCCAAUGGACAAAGUGGACAAGGACUCGGUUUCGGUGGGUCCAGCUCAAUCGGAACAGGAUUUGGAGGGCAAAACGGACAGAGUGGAUUUGGCGGAUUUGGUUCUAACGGAAACUCUAAUACGGGAUCUGGAUUUGGAGGACAGAGUGGAUUUGGCACCAGUGGACAAAUGGGAUCAGGAUUCGGAGGACAGAGCAGCCAGACACGUCAAAGAACAUCUGGACAAUCAGGAUUCUUUGGACAAGGACAAGGAACCUCAUCCUCAUCGAACAGCCAGCAAGGAUUCGGGCAGAACGGAUUCAGUGGAAGAUAA